GACGCGGCGGCGCUGGACGUUGCGCGGGGCGCGGAGCGCGGGACGCGGAGCGGGCGGGAGCGCGAGGCCGGCGGCGGUGGAAGAGCGGCCCGGGAGGCCUGGGAGCCGGGCCCCGCAGCGCCGAGCGGCCGCCGGAGCCGCGGCAAGAGAUUCUCAGCCCAGCCUUUGAGAUGAUGGGAUUGGGAAACGGCCGUCGGAGCAUGAAGUCUCCGCCCCUCGUGCUGGCUGCCCUGGUGGCCUGUGUCAUUGUCCUGGGCUUCAACUACUGGAUUGCGAGCUCCCGGAGCGUGGAUCUCCAGACGCGGAUCGUGGAGCUAGAAGGCAGGGUCCGCAGGGCAGCCGCGGAGCGAGGGGCCGUGGAGAUGAAAAAGAACGAGUUCCAGGGGGAGCUGGAAAAGCAGCGGGAGCAGCUGGACAAAAUCCAGUCCAGCCACAACUUUCAGAUGGAGAGUGUCAACAAGUUAUACCAGGAUGAAAAGGCAGUUUUAGUGAAUAACAUCACCACAGGCCAGAGGCUCAUCAGAACCUUGCAAGACCAGUUAAAGGCCCUGCAGAAGAAUUACGGCAAGCUGCAGCAGGAUGUCCUCCAGUUUCAGAAGAACCAGACCAACCUGGAGAGGAAGUUCUCCUACGACCUGAAUCAGUGCAUCAGUCAGAUGAAAGAGGUGAAGGAGCAGUGUGAAGAGAGAAUAGAAGAAGUCACCAGAAAGGGAAAUGAGGCUGUAGCUUCCAGAGACCUGAGUGAACAAAAGGACCAAAGCCAGCAGCUCCGAGCCCCCAGCGAGCCCCAGCCCAGGCCGCAGGAAGCAGUCCCACCCCAGGCAGAGGUGCCACAAGCAAGAGGAAACGUGCCCAGCCACAACGAGCCCCAGACACCAGCCCCCAGUUCGGAGGCGGCUUUGUAUUUGAAGAAACAAGGUGAGAAAGAGGAAACCAAGGAGAUUCAGGUUGUCAGUGAGGAGGAGCUUCAGAGGGACAGCCUGGGGCUGCCGAAGGAGCCAGGGCGAGAGCAGGUCGUGGAAGAAGACAGACAUGUGGGCAGAAAAGGCGAUGGAGAAACCAGAGAUCUGGGCCAAACCCCACAGGUGCCAGCUGCCCUGUUGGCAAGCCAGGAAAAUGAGGAGGCAGAGGGCCCUGAGCGGGACCAGCUCGUCAUCGUCCCCGAUGGGCAGGAGGAGGAGCAGCAGGACGCCCCUGACGACGAAGGGCGAAACCAGCAAAAACUGGCAGCAGAUGAUGGCUACAACCUGGAUGAAAAUGAGGCAGAAUCUGAAACAGACAAGCAGGCAGCCCUUGCGGGGAAUGACAAAAACAGAAAUGUUCUUAAUGCUGAAAAUCAGAAAGAAGACACGAUAAAUUUACUUGAUCAGCGUGAAGAGAGGAAUCACACACUCUGAAUCAAAUUGGAAUCAUAUCUUUUGUGUCAGAAUUGCAGAGAUCACUACAAAAUAAUCAUGAGGGAUUGAAUACUGUGAAAUGUACUAAGUAAAAAAUUUAAAGAUGAUUAUUGUGGAGUUUUAGUUUGUAUUUACUAUGUGGGAAAAUGAGAUUGUCUGAGAUUUUAGGGGUACUUCUGAAGUGUCUAUAUUGAAGUGUCAAAAUUGUCGAAAUUUGUUGGACAGUGGGUAUUUCAUGAGAAGAUCAACAUCAGAAAUAGAACACAGAUUCUCCUUCAAGUAUGGCAACAGUAGGAUUCUGUCGUGGAAGUAACUUCUGACGUGGAGACCCACCGCACUUACAGAGCUCCUUAUCCUCAGUUCCCUCUGGAGUCCUGCUCUUCUCCUUGCGCUGUGCUGAGUGAUGGGUACCAGUCCCUGUUAUUUUUGUUCCCUCCAGUCAGCACUGAAUGAUUUUUGGUUUAUCCUCCUGUGCUCACUUCUGGUUUUGACAAUCAGUGGCCUAGAGCACUAACUGUUAACACAAAAAUCACUAGCAACAGUGUUAAAUCUAAACACAAAGAUGUUUUGUGUGAGAAUUUUUUAAGACUACUUGUGUGAUAACCCUUGUCAUUAAUGUAUAAAAUGCUUUUAAGUGACUUGUAAUUUGAAUACUUGUGAUCUAUACUUGCUUUGUUUAAUAUGUAUAGGCAAAGCAAAAUCUUGUGUAAUAAGUUCUUAUUACCAAGAAAAGCCACAUGUGGAUUAGACUUUUGACCCAACAGGGGCCAAAGCAGAGCUGACCCUGUGCCUGCGGCAGAGA